AUGGCGGACACUGAUUCCAGAGCCACCACACCCGCCACGGAAACCUCGGACAGCGGCGCCCUUGUUGCCAUACAACAACAUAAACGCAAACAUGACGAGUUGAUGCUUGAAGGCAAUGAGGAGGCCGUUCAGAAAGAAGGACCGUCACGGCCGUUGAAAAGGACAACGCGGUAUAGCAACGGUCACGGAGCCAACACCAUGAAAAGCUCAACCGAUGGGCAAGCAGUAACUCCUGUCGCUGUUGACGGAAACGAGACACGCCAGGAAGACACCCAGGAGGCUGUCAUCCAAGUUGUAAUCUCCAAGCAACUCAAGACUGCCCAGGUCAACAAUGAGCGUAGACUCGUCACUUUUUCUGCUCAGUCAUCCUCUGAAGCAAGCAACUAUGACUCCCUUGGUAAGCGCAAGAGGGACGAGAUUGACCCCUCUUACGACCAAGAUGAUGACGAACCCUCCUCCUCCUCCGACGACGACGGAGACGACGCCACAGACAAGCAACCGCAGAAAAGAGUCGCGUCCAAGAAACACCAGGCGACUCUGCCACCGCGCAAAAAGGCUCGGAAGACAAAGCGCCCACCUACCUCCCUCGCCCCAGCACCCCUCCCCACUCCACCACUCAGCCAAAACGAGCCAUGCCCCAUCGACCUCGAAAACGACGCCCGCUACUCCAACCUCAACGCCGAGGAGAAAGACACAUAUCUCCUGCGAGCGCCCUGGAAGCCCAAGGAAGAUCACACAUGGACCGCCAUCCAGGCACUGCUGAACGGCAAGUACAACCGGGGAAUCACCUCAGAGUCGUACCGCAAGAAGUUCGCAAAGGUGAAUAGGGCGGUAUUCAAGGCGACGGGUGCGUAUUGGCGUAGGGAGUUGUUUGGGUUGGAGGAGUGCUUUGAUGUUAAGAGUCUUCGUCCUCCCACUGUCGUUAAUGGGUUGGCCAUUGGGAAUGGGAAUACCGGAUCUAUGAUAAGGGGAGCGGCGGCGCGAGAUCCACGAGCUGUCCGCUACGCAGGGAAAACGCUCACGGUACAUAUCACCGAACCGGGCAGCAGAGACGGGACGCUGGGCUUCACGCGCGAACUCCCCCUGACUGUCUUCUUGGACGCUGCUCCAGCAUUCGCCCGCCUUGCACGGCAUGGAGCACCCUCACUUGGUGCAGAAUUUCCGUCCACUACGCCUCGCCUCGCCGACCUCCUUUUCGGCUGCCACAUGGCGAAACCACCAGUCCUCCAUAACCGCAAUGCGAGUCACUGUCUCGCUACCUCUCUCGAAACGGGCCAGCGACUAAUCAGAGACCGCAACGACGAGCUCGUCUACAUGCCUCUGGAUAUAAAAGUCUCGCUGUCGGACACUUUUGAACUGUACCUCCUAGCCGCCAGGGCCGGAAACACACACGUCCGGAACCUCAUCGUCGACCACUGGCGCGAGAUGACCAAGCAGGAAGUCGCGCAGAAGCUUCACUACCGGAAUGAAGAAUUCUGGUACGAUGUUCCCGCCGAGCUGCCAGAGGGGAUCACGGAGUUCGAGCCGCAGCAUUUGAAUGACCUCUGGACAAGCGAAAUUCUUGGUGGAGACGACGGAUCCCGCGUACGCAAGUUCUGGCUCGAUGUCCUGCGCGUUAGAUACCGCGCUGCGUUGCCGAAGAUAACCUCUGAGCUCUCUGAGUACAGUCGGGAAUUCCUCUCAGAUUGGCUGGACCGGCUCGAGAGCGAAGACGCCGUCAAAGUGUCGAACAUGAUGCAAGGCCACGAAAAACCAUCCACCAUUCACAUCCCCCAAAGUCGAAAACUCAAGACACAGACAGCACCCGGUAUCCCCGACCCAGACCUCCACCCCCUUCUAAACGCUCCUCCACACACUUUCUGCGCGACCUACCACAUCCACGCCUCUCGCGAACCAUCUUGCUACCUCACCUCCUCGCAACCCCAACACCCAUCCAACCCCCCUUCCCAUUCCCACUCCCUUCCUGUCUCCACCUCCCCCCGGCCCCGCCAAGCCCACCACGUCCACAUGACUCUCCCCCCAAUCCACGGCUACACUAUCAUCAACCACACCGGACUCCCAAACCAGGACUUCCAGCGUCUACCCCUGCGAUACCCACAGUGGGACUGGCCACGCAUCCGCGCCGUGGUAUGGAGCGCGCAACCCCUGGACGGAAGGUCUGCUUGUAGGGCAGUGUGGGAUUAUCGACCUAUGUAUUUCGAUGGGGGGUUGGAGGGGACGGGGAGGUGGAGGGAUGAGUGGGGGAGGUGGCCUUGUCAUCCGGGGUGGAGGGAUGCGGCGUGGAAGGCUGUCGAUUGUGAGAGUGGGAGUGGGUACCAGAGGGGAGGUGGAAGGCAAGACGCGGGAAAGAGGGGUGCGGAGGUAAGAGAGGUGCAGGGGAAUGCGAUAUACUGGGAUUUCAGAUUCCCGAUGGAGAAGGAUGCUGGAGAGAGGGGGAGGGAGUGGGUGUAUGGGUGUGAGUGGUAG